GACAGCUUCAGUUCAGCUCACCUUUCAUACCGCAGCAGCAGCAGCAGCAGCAGCAGCAGCAGCAGCACGUUGAUGAAAUGCUCAGCCUCCUUAAAUUACCACGAGUCUUCACCAUCAAUCAAGUUCCCAAAGUUUUCCAUGAGGACAGCAUCAUCUCUGGGUACCGACACCCCCGCAGCUCAGCCACAGACUGCAUCCGCAGCCUGUUCCAGCUGACCAAUGAGACGCUCAACAUCUGGACCCACUUUCUACCCACCUGGUACUUCCUAUGGAAACUGGUGACCGUGAUCGUGAUGCAGACAGCAUGGCAGGAUGCCUUCACCUGGCCGCUGGUCAUCUUCCUGUUCUCGUGCUGCGUUUAUCCACUGGCGUCCAGCUGUGCUCACACCUUCAGCAGCAUGUCGGUGCGGGCGCGCCACAUCUGCUUCUUCUUCGACUACGGCGCCCUCAGCUUCUACAGCCUGGGGUCAGCGUUCAUCUAUUCAGCGUAUGUUUUCCCGGACAAGUGGGUGAACAGCUUCUUCCACCGGUGCUACGUCCCCAUCACUCUGUUCAACACUGUCAUCUGCACCGCCCUUUCCUGCUACUCCAGGCUUGGUUUACCAUUUCUGCAAUAUAGUCAUGACAUCGUAAAGAGAUUUCCUGAGUGUCAGAGUCCAAGGUUCAGCAAAUGUCUCCGUGUUUUUGCCUUUGCCUACCCCUACCUGUUCGACAACAUUCCACUGUUCUACAGGGUGUUUCUGUGCGUGGGAGAUGGCUGCACAGACAAUGAUACCAACUUCCUCCACUAUCACCACAUCGCCUUGGCUUUCCUCACUGGCUUCCUGUUUGCCACACACUUGCCCGAGCGCCUGGCACCUGGCAGCUUCGACUUCAUAGGUCACAGCCAUCAACUCUUCCACGUGUGCGGCAUCCUCGGCACUCACUUCCAGAUGAAGGCGGUGGAGCAGGACAUGGUGACGCGGCGCUCCUGGCUCCUCCAAAACUCAAUUCCCAUUACAUUCUCCAGCACAGUGGGUGUAGCAGUGCUCUGCCUGGUGGCGAACUUGAUCAUUAUCAUGCUCUACAGUCUCCCACUCCUCUCUGCACCAGUUUGCCCAAAAAAGAAAUCUGGUAAAAGUUGAAAGAAAGCCUCUGUCCCAGCUGAUGAAUCUCCAGCUUUAGGGCUCAGGCUACAACAAAAGUGCAUUAUGGGGGAUUUAAAGAGAUUGUAAAGGCCACUUCAGGACUAAGAGGAACUGAUGUAAUGUUUAAAUCAAUGAUAAGCUGCAGUCUGCACUAAACUCAUGGUGACUGGUGUAGUAAACAGAAAAUAAGGGCAUAUUUUGCACAAGCAUGCAGUUUAACAAACCUAUUUGUUAGCAUAAUAGACGAUGAAAGAAAAUGUUUCUGAGGAAAGUUGUUGCUAUGAUAAUUCACAAUGCGUGUGCUUUAACACGGCUUGUAACGAGUAAAAGCACUGAGACUAUCGCUCAUUAAAAAAACAGGCGGCUAUGACGAGGGAAUAAAAAAAUCCCUUGAGUUGCCUGCACAGUAGCAACUUAAAAGUUGCAAAAUUAUAUUAUGUGAUAUUUGAUAUUCUCACAUUGUUUGCAAAACUGAAAGUAUUUAGGGACAAAAUAUUAUUUAUUAUGACUUUUUUUUUUAAUAAACUGAAAACCAAAA